AUGUUUUUCAGUCAUGAGAAUUGUGAUUCCUUCAAGUACCUAUGGAUAUCGUGCAGUAUAUUCAUCACCCUAUAUACACUCGAUUCCAAAUACUCAAAUAGCAAUGAUUGUCAUAACGAAAGAGAUCCAAUGAAGCUUACAAGGAAUACCCAGUUCAAAAUAUCCCCCAAGGUUGACCCCAUUUUGAUUCUUCCUGUCCCACCUUUUUCCAUAGUUUGUUGUCUUGAAAUGAGUGUUGUCCCUGAAGAAUACGUUCCUCAACGUCCUAAGUACCAGAAUCCUCUUGUCGACAGAUAUGCCUCCAAAGAGAUGAGCUACAUCUGGUCUCCGGAUAUGAAGUUUUCUACCUGGAGAAAAUUGUGGAUUGCUCUGGCUACUGCUGAGAAGGAGUUGGGUCUGAACAUCACCGAUGAGCAGAUCAAUGAGAUGAAGGCUCAUAUUUACGAUAUCAAUUACGAGUUUGCUGAGGCGAAGGAAAAGGAGUUGCGACACGAUGUUAUGUCUCAUGUGCACGCUUAUGGAGAGCUGUGCCCCAAGGCCAUGCCUAUUAUUCAUUUAGGAGCGACGUCGUGCUAUGUGGGUGACAACACCGAUCUUAUCCAAAUUCGCGAGGCUGCCAACCUGAUUCUCGGAAAGCUGGUGCGUGUGAUCAACGCUCUCCGCAACUUCUCCGAGCAGUACAAAGAUCUGCCCACCUUGGGUUUCACGCACUACCAGCCCGCCCAGUUGGUGACCGUCGGUAAGCGAGCCACCCUCUGGAACCAGGACCUGGUGAUGGACCUCGAGAAUCUGGAGUACCAGAUCGAGCACAUUCCGUUCCGCGGCGUGAAGGGCACGACGGGAACGCAGGCCUCCUUCAUGGAGCUGUUCAACGGCGACGAGGAGAAGGUGCUGGCUCUGGACAAGCGUGUGUGCGAGCUGAUGGGCUUCAAGCGCUCGAUCGCCGUCAGCGGCCAGACGUACACGCGCAAGGCGGACUACUACGUGCUCACCGCGCUCACCGGAAUCGCGGGAUCGCUGUACAAGAUGGCUGGGGACAUCCGUCUGCUGGCAAACCUCAAAGAGAUGGAAGAGCCGUUCGGCAAGAACCAGAUCGGCUCUUCCGCGAUGGCGUACAAGCGGAACCCGAUGCGUUGCGAGCGCAUCUGCUCGCUGGCGCGCUACGUGAUGGGUCUGGCGAACGAUCUGGCGCAGACGCACGCGUGCCAGUGGUUCGAGCGAACGCUGGACGACAGCGCCAUUCGCCGCAUCGUGCUGCCCGAAGCGUUCCUGGCCACGGAUAUCAUCCUGACGGUGGCGCUGGACGUGACGUCGGGUCUGAUCGUGUGGCCGAAGGUGAUCGAGUCGCACGUGCGCGAGCAGCUGCCCUUCAUGGCGACGGAGAACAUCAUGAUGGAGUGCGUGAAGGCGGGCGGCGAUCGCCAGGAGCUGCACGAGGCGAUCCGCGUGCACUCGAUGGAGGCUGCGCGCGUGUUCAAGCAGGAGGGACUGCCGUUCGAUUUGCUGGAGAGAAUCCGCAAGGACCCGCUGUUCGCUGCGGUGCAUGACAGACUGGACUCCAUUGUGAACCCGGUGGCGUUUAUCGGCCGCGCGCCGCGCCAGGUGGAGAUGUUCAAUCGCGACGUCGUGGACCCGUACUUGGAGAAGUACCACCACUUCCUGGAGGAGAAGAGCGAGGACGCCGUGAACGUUUUAAGUGUUUGUUGGAAACAAGGGACAAAAGCAGGAGCAGAUCGUUGA